AUGAAAUUGUCUCAAGUCUCGGCACUUGUGGCAUGCGUGCCUGCAGCCACUGCCCGCUUCGUUGAGCUCAUGGAGGCCGACCACGUUGUCCUUCGCCCUGAUGAGCCAACCUUCCUGAUCGAAACCGCCCCCGGCAAGACGCAGUGGGUGACGGAAGAGCAGAAGUGGGAGCUUAGACGAGAUGGCCAACGCUUCAUGGAUAUCACCGCCACCAAGGACUUGGGCAGUCAAGGCCUGCGAAUCAAAGAAUCUGUAGAAUUCCCAAAGAAAUGCGUCAAUCAGGAAGAAGUCAAGAGUUUGGCAAAGAACCUUGAUACAGCACCAAUGAAGGCCAACCUCGAAAAGCUAUCCAGCUUUCACACACGCUACUACAACUCCGAAUGGGGCCUAAAGUCGUCAGACUGGGUGCUGGAGAAAGUCAAUGAAAUGAUCAAGGAGGCUGGCGCCGACAAGACGGUUACCGCCCAGAGCUUCCCUCACACCUGGAAGCAGCAUUCCGUAAUUGCGACUAUCCCGGGACAGACCAACAGCACCAUCGUCAUUGGUGCUCACCAGGACUCCAUCAACUUGUGGCUCCCCAUCCUCGCUGCCCCUGGAGCCGAUGAUGAUGGCAGCGGAACCGUUACCAUCAUGGAGGUCUUCCGAGCUUUGCUAAAGUCCAAGGAUGUCGUGCAAGGCAAGGCUAUCAACACCAUCGAGUUCCACUGGUACAGUGCCGAGGAAGGAGGUCUGCUGGGUAGCCAGGCUAUUUUCCAAGAGUAUGAGAAGCAGAAGCGCGACGUCAAGGCCAUGCUGCAGCAGGACAUGACUGGUUACGUCAAGGGCACUUUAGACGCAGGUCUCCCGGAGAGCGUUGGUGUCAUUGUCGAUUUUGUUCAUGCUGGCCUGACCAAGUUUAUCAAGACAGUCAUUGAGCAGUACUGUGCUAUCCCUUGGGUCGAGACCAAGUGUGGCUAUGCUUGUUCUGAUCAUGCUUCAGCUUCCAAGGCUGGAUAUCCGUCAGCUUUUGUUAUCGAAUCGUCCUUUGACAAGUCUGACCCCAACAUUCACACAACUUCUGACCUCAUAGAGUAUCUUUCAUUCGACCACAUGCUACAGCAUGCUCACAUGACCCUUGGCUUUGUUUACGAACUUGGCUUCCACAAUUUUGCAAAGGCUGUCGAGGGUGAGGGCGAACUAUAG